GUAUCCUAUUUCAAUAGAUUAAUCUAUUUAAAUAUAAAACUUACAUGGAUAAUUCUAACAGAAUCCAUUAGAAUAAAAGGAGGAAGUUAUAUGACAAAUAGGUUUACAUCCAAUAGUUUUCAUAAAAUAUUGAUUAGAUGGACAAGGAGGACAAAUAUUAUCAAUAGGUGUUCCAUAGUAACAACCAGUGCAUUAAUUAAACUCAGGACCUGUGCAAAAAGUGCAAGUCAUAUGACAUUGGAGCAUUGAAANUAUCUGAUCCUUUUAAGAAAUUGACUCCAUUUUGUGAAAUUAAUGUAUAUUUUUCAAAUUAGAAAGGGUCACCUGCAUUAUUAAUAUGUUCUUUUACUAAAACUUUUGAAUCUAAGUAGUAAAUAAUAAAUACAUGGAGUUUCAUCAUCAUAAUCUUAACAAUAUGAAUUUAUUAAUUUUUAAUGUAAAUUUGAACAAGAGGAAAUGCAGCUACCAUCUCUAUAUUUAACAAAGUUUGAUUUACAAGUUGUACAUUAAAAGGGUACUUCACACAAUAAACAAUUUUGAUGACAAUAACCACUAGCAACUUCUAUCAUAACAAUUCCCCAUCCUGCAGUUGAAAUGCUUUCAAUAAUUAUUUAUAGUUACGUAUAGUUUCCAUAAGCUGAAAAUAAAAAUGGAUAUUUAGGAAUAUCAAUAUAGGUAAUCAAAUCAUAUACAGUCCUAGAUGAAUAAGUCUCAUAUCCAGAAAGUUAUUUAGUAUUAUAUAUAAAGAUAUUAUGGGCUUGAAUUCCUGAGGAAGUGUUUAACAAUGAACCGAUAUAAGUUUGGUUAAUUUUAAAUAAUAUAGCACAAUCAAUAGGAAUAGCAUUAAAAGUAACAAUAGUGA